AUGGGAAGUCUGUAUUCAGCUUUAGGGAAGUUUGAGAAAUCAUUGCUUGCAUACCGGCGGUCUAUUGACAUUCUAGAGAACAGAUAUGGGAAAAAUAGUAUUUUUCUUAUCACCUCAUUGUUGGGGAUGGCAAAAGUACUUGGAAACAUUAGCCGAUCCACAAAAGCAGUAGAAAUCUACAAUCGCACAAUUUCUAUUUUGGAAUUGAGCAGAGGUGCUGAAAGUGAGGAUUUGGUUUUAGCUUUAUUUGGUCUUGGCAAUCUUUUACUCAAAGAAGGAAGAGCAGCAGAUGCGGAAACUCAUUUUAUUAGGUUAAUUUCUAAAUAUGUAUAUAUGUCAUCAAAGAAGUUAUAUGGAGAAAAUGAUGGAAGAGUUGGAAUGGCUAUGUGUUCCCUGGCCCAUGUUAAGUGUGCAAAAGGAAACCCUGAUGAAGCCAUUCAAUUAUAUAAAAAUGCUCUUCAUGUCAUCAAGGAUUCAAAUUAUAUGGCUUUAGAUGACGGCAUAAUGGAGAAGAUGAGGAUAGAUUUGAAAGAGUUACAUCAUGUUGUAGGAAGGGGAAAAGAAGGACGAGAAAUGUUAGAGGAAUGCUUGUUGAUUGCAGAAAAGUGUAAAGGGAAAGAACAUCCCAGCUCAGUGACACACCUUCUGAAUCUUGCAGCCUCCUAUUCACGCUCAAAGAAUUUUGUGGAGGCUGAACGCUUGCUGAGGACUAGUUUGGAAAUCAUGAGGAAGACAGUUGGGCCUGAUGAUCAAGCCAUCAGCUUCCCAAUGUUGCAUCUUGCCGUCACUCUCUACCAUCUUAAACAGAAUGAAGAAGCUGAGCAGCUUGCCCUGGAGGUUUUGCGCAUCCGUGAAAAGGCAUUCGGAAAAGAUUCUCUUCCUGUUGGGGAGGCUCUGGACUGUUUGGUGUCCAUUCAGACUGGAUUAGGUAAGGAUGAUGGCGAGUUGUUGGAGCUGCUCAAGAGAAUUCUGAGUAUCCAAGAGAGAGAGUUUGGCAGUGAGAGUGAAGAGGUCAUUGAAACCCUAAAAAAAAUUGUGUACUACUUAGACAAACUGGGUAGGAGGAAUGAGACGUUUCCCCUGCAGAAAAAAUUGUCCAUACUUAGAAAGAAAUAUAAGCAAAGGAUUCAAUAUUAGUGGGGCAUUUCAUCA